ACGGUAACCAUAGAAAAUAACUGAAAUAACUGUUUUCAACCAAACUGAACUGAGAGCGCAAAAAAAAAAAAUGAUAUCUCUGACUCCUUCUAUCGUCUUCUUCACCAAUCCCCUUCUUCAAAACCCUAACCCUAGUUCUCGUUUCACUCCUUCCUCUUCAACCCCCCAACACCACCAACAUUCCUCUUCCGAAGAAGAAGAGACCCCACUUCACCUCCACUCGCAGUUGCCGUUGCCGCCGAUCAAGGCCGCGAAGCGAGUCGUUCUGGUGAGGCACGGACAGAGCACGUGGAAUGAAGAGGGUCGGAUUCAAGGGAGCUCCAAUUACUCUGUUCUCACCAAGAAAGGAGAGGGUCAAGCUGAGAUCUCAAGACAAAUGCUCAUUGAUGAUUCCUUCGAUGUUUGCUUCGCAAGUCCUCUUGAACGGUCGAAGAGAACUGCUGAGAUUAUUUGGGAUAAUCGAGAAGAGGAAGUGAUUACUGAUAUGGACUUGAGAGAAAUCGACUUGUAUUCUUUUCAAGGGCUUUUAAAGCAUGAAGGGAAAGCGAAAUUCGGGGAAACUUUUCGACAAUGGCAGGUGGAUCCUGCAAAUUUCAACAUUGAUGGGCAUUAUCCGGUGAGAGAGUUAUGGGAUCGAGCUCGGAAUUGUUGGGACAAGAUACUUGAACAUGAAGGGAGGUCUGUUCUUGUGGUUGCUCAUAAUGCUGUCAAUCAAGCUCUUGUUUCAACUGCAAUUGGGUUGGGAACUGAGUAUUUCAGGGUAUUGCUCCAGAGCAAUUGUGGAGUGAGUGUUUUGGAUUUCACUCCACGAAUUGAGGGUGGGUCGCCGUUUGUUUGUCUUGAUCGUUUAAAUCAGACACCAAAUUCACCUGUCGGUGGAAGUUCUGGAGGAAGGAAAACAAGCAAGAGGAUCAUACUUGUGUGUCAUGGAUUCACACAAAACAAUGCAGAGGCUAGCAAUUCUUUAUCUGGGGAUAAAUCAAUGAACAUGCUUGGUGUUAUACAGUCUCAGAAAAUCGCUGAGCUGCUUCUUGAUACGAAAGUUAGUUCUAUUAUUAGCAGUCCAAAGAAAGCCUGUGUAGAAACAGCCAAUGCCAUCUCCAGAGUACAAGAAGCUGCAGAUUCCUUGGGAGCUGACUCUGCGCCUCGGUAUGUGGAAAUGAAGCAAACAGAGAACCUGGAUGUUGAAAACAUCCUUCAGAAAUCAAAUAAGGACACCAGUGUGAUUCCGCCUUUUCAGCUCGGUUGGUUAAGUGGUUUCGAGGACACGGUUCUUUCAGAAGUAUGGGAACAAUCAGAGGAAGCAUGGCGAUAUCUGCUGAAGGAAUUAUCUAGUGACAAUGAAGCGGAUAGAGUUGUUGUUGUGGUUGGUGAUCCUUCAAUUAACAUAGCACUAAUGGUGCACUGUUUGAAUCUGUCAAAGGAAUGGAUGGGAUCAUUUCAUCUCGACUCAGGAAGCAUCAGCAUCGUUGAUUUCCCCGACGGCCCUGCUGGAAAAGGGGUUAUCAGAUGCAUAAAUUAUACAGCUCAUUUAGGAAGAUGGUCAAUUCCAAUCACAAGAACGAUAGAGAAUGAUGAAGCAUUAAAGAUGUAACUUUAAAUAUCUUUAAAACUUAAGGAUGAAAUAACAAAAUAUGUGUAGUAUGAAACCAAUUAAUGGGACAAUAUAUUUACAAAAAUUAUUAAACUACAAACUUUAUUGAAGCUAAAAAA